CAGACAGCGAAGGAUAUUAGAAGUUUGAGUUUCCACGUCAUGAAGAUGAAGACUUGGACUGAUCCGCUGCGUUCAGCGCUCCAGACUCCGCCCGGCUCUCUGGACAGAGAGAGACAACCCUGAAACAAGCUGCUGGAUUUAUAAUGUUCUAACAUCACACACUCUGGUGUGUUCAGGUUCAUCAGGUCACCUCAGCGCUGUGACUCAGAAAACGUCAGUUAACCUCUGUGGUGACUCAAGUCCGAGCAGCUGUUCAGACCCAGAGCUUCUGGAUUUACCGUCUGUUUGUCUGCGUGUGUCCAGCCUGAAGCACACGGAGCACCUGCACAGACUUCAGCGUCUGCUUUCUGAGGACCUUUCUUCACAGACGUUAACUUUGGGCUCCUGGAAAUGUGACGAGCAGUUUGUUUUCUGGCCUAUCUUAAAGUGAUCCGUGAUGUAGCCGUAGACGUGCUUCGUUCCCGGUGAGCGUGUCUGAUGAUGGCGGACGCCGUGCAGACGCUGUACGGCACUCUGAUGCUCCUGUCGGGCGCCGCCUGCGUCUGUGGUAACGUCCUGUUCCUGCUGCUGCUGCUCCUCAACACGGCGCUCCGCUCCGACACGCUGAGCCUGGCGCUGAGCGCCGCCGUCAGCGACCUCGCCCUCGGGCUCGCCACCGUCCCGUUCGCAGCGUACCACAGCCUGGCGGGAACGCCACACCACCCGGGCCAGGGCGCCGUGUGUCAGGGCAGCGGCUUCCUGUUCCUGCUGCUGCAGACGUCCUCGCUGCACACGCUGGCCUGGACCGCCGUGGACCGGUUCUCUGAGAUCUGGUUGGCCCUCAGCCACCGCCGCGUGUGGACGGCCUGGCGGCGCCGUGCCGUGCUGCUGGCCGUGUGGGCGUUCUGCGUGGCGAGCGCCGCCCUCCCGCUGCUGGGCUUCGGCGCCUAUGAGUACAGCGAGCGGCGCUUCCUGUGCAGCCUGAGCUUCACGCCGGAGAACGGGAAGAUGGUGGCCACGUGGGUGGCGCUGGGCGUGGCUUCGCCGAUCCUCGCCGUGUGCUCUCUGAACGGAUACGUCGUCUACGUGGCGAGGAAGCAGGCCAGGCGGGGGACGUUCACGUGCAACGAGCUGCACUGCUACUACGUUCCCGCUAACAACUACCUGAGGAGCUCCGUCGUCAUGGUUACAACCUCAGUGGGUCUGCUUGUGUGCUGGCUGCCCUACAUCUCCGUGUGUCUGUACGAGACGUUUAGCGGCCAACAGAGUCCAGCGGUGACCGCUGCCCUCUCCACGUGGCUGGUUCUGACCAGCGCCGCCCUCAACCCCUGGAUCACCUGUCUAACGCAGACCAGAUACAGGGCAGCAGUGCGUCCGAGCAUCCGCAGGUUUAUCCAGAUGUGUCUGUGUUCUGGGACGGCUCUGGAGUCCCACCCCCAAAUCUCUGCCCCCCACCUGGACUCAGCCAAUCGCAUCAGCACGACGACGACAGCAACACGGCCACCGUCAUCACCAAAAACACCAACAUGAUCAACACACACACACACACACACACACACACUACAGCUACAACAUCCUGCUGGGACUGCACAGACAAGCAUCAGACUGCACUGUGGGAAAUGUAGUUCAGCCCUCCAUCUCAGUUCAAACUAUUACGAGACUUUUCAGCCGAGUCAGGGCCCAAACGGAAACGUUCACAAAGACAAUUAAACGUAACUCGGUGUUGAAAUAAAAGCCAAUAAAGAGAC